AUGGAUUGGGUACCACCGUUACCAUCACUAUUUUCCGGACUUUAUACACAGAAACCUGGGCAAGUGCUUUUUAAGCCAAGACACAUCAAAUCUAGAGACAAGUUGCUAUUAAAAUAUAAAAAAUCAAGAAAAUACAAGAAGGAACCUAAAAGAGCAAAGCUAAUUAAGCCACUGCUAUUAAAAUCAGCAAGAAAAAAUGUGAAUCAAUGCUUGCAAUCCAAUGGAAAAUUGUUCUUUGCUUGGAAAAAACAUAUUGUAAAGCUAAACCUAAAAUCUAUGAAACCGCUACAGAAAAGUUCUUCUCUAAGCCUCUCAUACCAUGGAAAAGUAUAGCACUUUCCCUUAAAUAGCCCGAUAAGGGGCUGGAUUCAUCCCAUUAUCGGGCUAUUCAAGGGAAAGAGCUAUAGUUAUGUGCGCAAUUCCAGAUCAGAAAUUUUUUUGUGCUGACUGUGGGAGAGGAAUUUAAAUAUGGUGUCUUAGCAGGGUCAUGGCUUCCGACUGCAGCUUCGAGCACAUAUUUAUAUUAUAUUGCAAGGUUUUGCCAAGCCAGAAAUGGACAGCAAUGCUAGAUAAACAAUGCCAUGGUUUCGGAGCCUAGCUCAAGACCGCUUCCAAGUUGGAUUUUAUUUCGAAGGAAAAAAGGGGUUUCGAGUUGGAAAGGGGAAGUCUAUUCCGCUUCUAUACAGAGACCAAUUCGGCUAAUUUCUACCGUGAGCAGGAAGUUACGCCUUGAGCACGAACUUUUCCUUUUACUGAGGAUUCCAUCUUUGGUAUUCCUGUGCGACAUACUUUCAUUGCCAAAACCUAAACAGCUGUCCAUAUAGUCUGCCCAUUCAGCGUUUUAACUGCAAGACAAGGAGCAAGGAUGAGGCACAAGAGGAAAAGUGGGAACUUCGGAUAUCCCAUAGCUUUACAGGCAAAAGAGGAGCAAGAUGUUUCGAUCCUUUUCUAGCUAAGGAGUCAUCCCAAUCCAAACCUAACUUAAUAGAUAGUGAAGCAAAACGGGUGAGCCCUUAUGCAUCUUUGGAGAUUGCGUUGCCAAUAGACGGAAGCCAACCUACAUUAAGAUCAAGACUGUCAGGGAGGAUGAAUAUUUGUCAUUGACAUAAGACUCAGCAUUUCUAUAAUAAAAAGUGUAGAGCCAAGGAAAUGAGGCACAAUUAUCUAUCUUAACGGAUUAAUUUACGAAUUUUUAGAUAUGGAAAAUAAUUAUUGAUCACUACAAACAUAUGACUUAAAGACAAGUAGGCGCAAAAAAGUAGCGCUUAUUAAGUGUAAUGGCAUCAGAAUUGACGACGUUUGCGCUGUUUUUGAAAAAAAAUUGCUUUUAUAG